GUUUCCAUCGACAUUGGAGCUUGAGUAUUGGCUAUUGCGCUUGCAGAUGCAACAGUACAUUAUAUUACCGUCUUCAUAAGUCGCAGUGCUCCACGUGUGCAUCCGACUAUCACAUCGUCAUGGCCGACCAAUCGCCCGAUUACAAGCAGCUGUUUCUCGAUGAGCAGCGCAAACGUAAAGACGAGCAGAGCAGACGCCAGGCAGCAGAGCAUGCCUAUGAGCAAGAACAGCGCAAACGCGAAAAUGCAGAGCAGGCGCAAAAAACUGCGGAAGAAAAAACUCGUGAUACGACCUUACCCGAGUUUCUAGACGGCUGCCACGUCUACCUCCAUUCAAAUCUCGUCAUCCAGACCGAUGCGAACUUGUCAACGCGAGGCGAUCCUGCAAACGCAAAGAACAAACCCCGACCCGAGCGGCUCCGUGCAUGGACAGACUUCGCCUCUCAGCAGGAGGAGGUAUGGGAUGAUCUGAUGAGCUCAGACUUUGUUACGAAGCAGCUCUUUAAUUCGCUGCACACCCUGAGCGGUAUUGGACGGGGUCUCCAGCAAAGAAUGCUGGGCUCCGAGCUGGACCUGCAUGUCUUCCAACGAACGACGAUCGAUGACCCUGUGUCUCAGAUCAUCAGAGAGAUGCACGGCGACCAAAGCCUCAGACGAAAGUUCGGCCUGUGCGGCGGUGUAAAGUUCGAGAACCACGCCAAUACUCUCAGCCCGGAGGACGGAAUAGAGGAGUCUAUGCAGCGGCUGUCGGUAUCUGGCACUCAGCGACGACGGUCACCGCGCCUGCAAGCAAAGGCUAGCCCAUCAGCCCCGUCGAACCUCGCAGACACCGCCCGGAACGAGAAGUCACAACCUGCCCGCGCUCGAGCCGACCAAUUCUGCGUUUACAACACGGGUGACAACAAACGCGUCGCCGCCUUCGUCAUGGAGUACAAAGCGCCGCAUAAGAUCCCACUGGGCUACAUCUACGAAGGUUUGGAUGAUAUGGACCUCGACGACGUCGUCCAAGGCCGCGAGAACGAAAGCUCUCGAGACUACUUCCGCCGGCUGAUGGCUGCGGUGAUCACGCAGGCCUACAGCUAUAUGAUCCAAACUGGCGUGGAAUACGGAUGCGUGUGCACUGGCGAAGCGAGUAUUUUCCUGCGCGUCCCCCAUGACCCCACGACUGUCUACUACUUCCUUUCUGUCGCAAAAGGUGAUGUAGGGGACACGACCGGUUGGGCACAAGACUCAGACGGCCCGAAUCGCCUCCACCUCACCGCCGUUGGACAGAUGUUGGCGUUCACUCUACAAGCGAUGAAGACCCCUCCUCGGAGCCAAAAGUGGCGAGAUGACGCCUUUGCUCAACUGAAAAGCUGGGAGGUCGUGUUUGACGAGCUGCUUGACGAGCUUCCAUCAGAUGAGGCGCCGUCGUCUGAAUACCGACCACCCCAAGACCCAAGUUUCCUCCGUAUGUCGCCUGUUCGACUUCGGCGAAGACCUGCGCGCGCCCGCUCGCCAGAUUAUGCGAACACUCGAAGCCGCCCUGACUCUAGCGACGAAGAGCCUGACGUGGACACGCCCAGCCGACAGCCGGUGGUGGGAUCACAAAAUCUGUCCUACACACAGCCCGCAGGCAAAUCCACGUCGAGCCGUAAGUCGCGCCACACGGGACAGGCUGGGCAGUACUGCACUCAGAAGUGCCUGCUUGGCCUCGUAAAUGGUGGUCCGCUUGACCAGUUGUGCCCGAAUGUGAAGGAGCAUGGCAACGACUGUCACCGAAUUCGUGUAUCGACCUUCCUCAAGCGCAUCCGCCAGCAGCUUUCCAAGGAUCUAGACAGCAACUGUGAGCUCAUAGGCAUCCAUGGAGCGUGUGGUGUUCCCUUCCGGGUACGGCUGGUGUCUCACGGGUACACCGUAGUUGCCAAAGCUACCCCUGUCUACUUCGUGCAUUGUCUCGAGCAGGAGGCUGCUAUCUACAGACAACUUCGCCCAAUACAAGGCACGCAUAUACCAGUGUGUCUGGGUAGCAUUGACAUGGAAGUGCCUUAUCGUUACGAUGGCAUCGCUGAGCUGGAACACAUGAUGUUCCUCAGCUACGGAGGCAAACGCCUCGACAAGCUGCAGACUGGCAAAGACAAGCUGCUCAUUGCCCAGCAACUUGCUAGGUCCGUCGAGGCCAUACACAGCCUCGGGGUUCUGCAUACAGAUCUCGAGCCGCGGAACAUGUUGUGGGACGAGGAUAGACGCCAGUUGAUGGUGAUUGACUUUGAGCGGGCGCGAGUUCCUCAAUCGCGUCGUGUCCUUACUGCCAUUACUGGCAAUCAAAAGAACACGACAAAGUCAAGCACAGACGCAGCCAAGGUACCAGAGGACGGAAACAUGUUCGUGCGAGAGAGACGUCAUGCGGCCAACGAACUGCACCGACUGCGUUGACAGGUUGUUUCUGGACAGCAUAGCUUGAACCAGACUCGAAGCGGAUGGAUUGGGGAAUAUCGAUGUUGCGCUGCUCUCUGGUGUCAAUGCGUUACCACUUGCUCCCCUCACAAGACGCGCGAGUCUGUCAAUUGCAAAUGAUUGCGAUGACUUGGUUUCAAGCAUACCAGCUCGAUGCGCUUCACCUCUGCAGGAUACCUUAACUUCUAAUGCUUGGAACUGCUUCUGCAAUUAAAUUCUGGCAGCGUCUGAGCGGCCUACCUGGAUUGA